AUGAAAUAAUACGGAAGUGGAUGGGGAGUUGGCGGUCCUGUUUUAAGAGUAGGCUAGUUAACAUGCGCGUAUUUUAAGUAGCAAUAAAAAAAGCAAAAAAAAACUAAAAAAAGAACACCGUAUUGACUAGACUGAAUACGUGUUUUCUCUCGUACUUAACUAGCACAAAAACGAGACUUCACAAUUGAUUCGUCAGCAAGUGAAAACAGCAAUGGAUUCCAGACACGCAAAUGCCCUGAGGUCACAUGAAGGCAACAUAAGGCUAAACUCUUGAGCGGCAAAGUAGUCAACGGGACAAAGACGGUGGUUUGGGUGAAAGGCUCAUAGCCCGGCCGCCAUGGGGAGCGUGUUGUCUCGCAGCGGGAGCAGCCUGUCACUCUUGCCGGAGAGGUCGAGCUCCAGGCGGCGAGGCGACGAGAAAGACUCCGACGAUGACGACUCCUUGGACGGGCUUGUCAGGCGGGAAGACAUAGCCCAGUUCCCUUACGUGGAGUUUACCGGCAAGGACAGCAUAACAUGCCCGGCGUGUCAAGGGAGUGGACGGAUACCCUCAGAGCAAGUCAAUGAGUUGGUUGCAUUGAUCCCAUAUAGCGAUCAAAGGCUGCGACCUCAAAGAACGAAACUCUAUGUGGUUCUGUCAGUCAUGUUGUGUUUCCUGGCCUCCGUGCUUGUGGCCUUCUUCCUCUUUCCCCGCUCCGUCGUUGUGACGGAUGACGGGAUACGAGCGGUGACGGUGCACUUCGAUCAUGCUAACAACAAGGUCCAAAUGAACAUGACGAGCACACUCAACUUCAGCAACCCUAACUUCUUCUCGGUGCGAGUCCAGAGCAUCACUUGUCAGGUGCUCUACAUGAAGAAGGUGAUCGGGACGCAUCAGCUCAACGACGCGACUACCAUCUUGCCCCUCAGUCAGCGCCGGGUGGACUACACAGUCAGCGUGGAGAUAGGCAGCAGUGCGCCGUACGUCUAUGCCUUCUGCACCAUGCCCAGCAUCAAGGUCCACAACAUACUUGUUUUUAUGCAAACCUCCGUGAAAACCUCACACAUGGUGCGAACGUCCCAGAACAGCCUGGAAGCAUAUCGCUACAUUGACUGCGGUUCCAACACCUCGUACCACCAGCAUCAGCAGCAUCCCAUCUCAGCCCACAGCCACCUUUAGCUGCCACAGCACGAGAACAGGAUGGAGAGUCAAAAGCCGAAAGAAGGUCGGUUUUUGAAUCUCAUUAAAGCGAUGUUGGGCUUUUAGUUGUUGUUGUUUUUUUUUUAAAGAUUUAGAUAAACAGUUCUCUAACAAAGUACAUGCAUUCCAAAGAUACGCUCUUUAAGGGAAUAUUUUUUUGUGGGCCUUAUUUAACGCUGCACUGGCAUGUGUUGAGAAUCCAGGACUGCAACUGUAGUAUUUUUCCAAGUGCCUUGGUACAAACUGCUGUGUUGUUUACGUAGCUAUAUGAAAAGCACUUCUUGCACCAUUUUGUUUUUACUGAUGCACAUUUAACUAAGGCGAUUUUAUGUAGAUGAAGUGAAGCUACACUCCUGCCUCAUGAAGUGCAUUUCAACUGUUUUGGAUGGUAUCUUUAAGCCAUUAGCCAUGUCUUGUAUAGAUUUAUAGAUGAUUUUUUUCUGCUGUUUGUAUAAAAAACUAUAUAUAUAUUUGUUUUGAUUUUUUUUAAUAAUAAAUGCCUGUGUGAUUUCCUCCAAAGAAGCAUUAAAGGAACUGUGAAUA